AUGAAGGUCUCCGUGGCUGCCCUCUUUCUCCUCAUCCUCAUCCUCACCACUGCUUCUGCUUCUUACAGUCAGUCAAAAAUGCCUGAGUCAGUGAAUCUUCCAUCCAACUGCUGCCUGAAGUUUCAUGAGAAAGUACUGCCAAGGAAGCUGGUGGUGGGAUACAGAAACGCCUUUAACUGUCACCCGCCAGCAAUCAUCUUCCUCACCAAAAAGAACCGAGAAGUCUGUGCCAACCCUGACAACAGCUGGGUCCAAGACUACAUCGAGGAUCCCAACCUACCUUUGCUGCCCUCCAGAAACUUGGCCUAA